AUGGUUUCAACUACAGCUGCUUCGACGUACGCCGAUAAGGAUGGCUUGCGCACUCGGUUUGCAGCGGCCAUGUCCAGUAUGUACCGCAGUGAGGUACCACUUUACGGUGACUUGAUUGAGAUCGUGCGCGAAACCAAUCAGAGCGUGCUGAAUGCCACCAACGCAAAAUCUCAAUCAAUUGACGCUACUGGCAUCAAGGCCAACAUCGAGCGCCUUACUCAAGAACGACAUGGUGCCAUCCGCCUGGGUACCCCUUAUGAACUCCGAACAAUUAAACGGAUAUUUGAAGUUCUGGGUAUGCAUCCAAUCGGAUACUAUGAUCUUUCAAUCGCGGGACUACCGAUGCAUGCAACCUGCUUUCGCCCUUUGAGAGUCUCAAGCCUCGACACAAACCCUUUUCGAGUGUUCACUACUCUAUUGCGUCCUGAGUUACUAGCUUCGGAAGAAGCCCGUCAGCUAUCAUUGGAGUUGCUUGAGAAGCGUAACAUAUUCAGCACUUUCUUGUUGAAUCUCCUCGAUGUGGCAGAAAAGCAGGGUGGGAGGCUCAAGGAAGAGCAAGCGGAAACCUUUAUUCAAGAGGCUUUAACCACUUUUAGGUGGCAGUCUGUCGCUGCGGCUACUUUUGAUCAAUAUCAGAUCCUGAAGGCCGAACAUCCAAUUCUAGCGGAUAUUGCAUCCUUUAAAAGUGCACACAUCAACCACCUCACUCCUCGAACUCUCGACAUUUCAGCAGUUCAUUUGCGUAUGAACAAAGCUGGCAUGGCUGUCAAAGAUGAUAUUGAAGGCCCCCCGCUCGUGAAUGCCCAGCAGAACGAGAACCAGGGCACGGAUUUGUCUGGGUCUCAGGAGCUCAUGAUUCAGGCCAGUCACAAGGCGCGUUUUGGGGAGAUCGAAGAACGUGGUGCCGCGGUCACUCCAAAAGGCCGAGAGCUUUAUGACAGAUUACUCCAGGAAUCCAAAAGGCAAUCCGCGGGGGUCACAGUCUCCGAAGCUAAUGCUAUUACCACCAAAGUUUUCAAAGACUUUCCCGAUACUUGGAAGGACCUUAGGCAACAGAAUCUGAUAUACUGCGAGUUCCACGUAAAACGAGUUGCCACUAUGUCAUCGUUGGAUCUGAAAGAUGGGCCUAUUCUGGAACAGUUAAUUUCCAUGAACAUCGUGGAUGCUGUGCCCAUCACAUACGAGGAUUUCCUCCCUUUCUCCGCAGCAGGAAUUUUCCAGUCAAACUUACAGACAGACAAUGUGUCAAAAUGUGCGUCAAAGUGUUCACUUGACGUGAGCCAUUCGGUGGCAGACUCGACGGGCCUAGAGAAAGCCAUGGGUACAAAGAUUUCGGAUCUGGAUACAUGGUACUCUGCUGUGCAAAUGAAGAGUCUUGAAGAAGUCGGGAAAAUCCUUGGAUUGAACUUGUGUGAGCUUAUGCGAAACAAUUAA